GAGAGAGUAAAUUGUAUCUGGGAAUAAGGAAAAGAUUAAAAACACACAUAAUUUCAUCAGUUCGACAGUUUUCUUCAUGGGGUUUCAUGUGUGUUCACAGACGCUUUACUCUGCUCCUACCCACCACCAAUUCAUCAACUCCAUUUCACGAGGGUUUCACAGAAUCAAAGUCUCCAGUCCGCGAGCAAUGCAGCAACAAGAAGAAGUGCAUACAGUGCGGGUUCCGCACGUGCUGACUGUAGCUGGCUCCGAUUCCGGCGCCGGCGCCGGAAUUCAAGCCGACUUGAAGGCUUGCUCCGCCCGCGGCGUCUAUUGCUCCACUGUUAUCACCGCCGUCACAGCUCAGAACACCGUCGGUGUUCAGGGAGUGGAUAUUGUGACGGAGGAUUUCGUUCGAGAGCAAUUGAAGUCGGUGCUGUCCGAUAUGCGUCUAGAUGUUGUGAAAACCGGUAUGCUGCCUUCGCCCGGCAUAAUCAAGGUCCUCUGUCAAAGCCUCAAGGAAUUCCAAGUUAGAGCUUUGGUGGUUGAUCCUGUUAUGGUAUCUACAAGUGGUGAUGUACUGGCCGGUCCUUUGAUUCUGGCCACCCUUAGGGAGGAGCUUUUUCCCCUGGCCGAUAUAGUCACUCCGAAUGUAAGAGAGGCAUCGGCUUUACUUGGUGGCAUACCAGUGGAAACAGUUGCUGACAUGCGUUCUGCUGCAAAAUCUAUACAUGAUAUUGGCCCUCGAAAUGUACUUGUGAAAGGAGGUGACCUUCCUGCAUCCUCAGACGCUAUCGAUGUUUUGUUUGAUGGUAAGGAUUUCUAUGAGUUCCGUUCAGCCCGGAUAAAAACUGUGAAUACACAUGGAACUGGCUGUACUCUGGCGUCAUCUAUAGCUGCCGAGCUAGCUAAGGGCUCUUCAGUGCUCUCCGCUAUUAAGAUUGCCAAGCGUUAUGUUGAAUCGGUACUGGGUUAUAGUAAGGACAUUCGUAUUGGAGAAGGACAACAAGGUCCCUUCGACCAUUCAAUGAAGCUUAAGAACAAUACUCCGAAUCUAUGUGCGCGUCGACCAUUUGAUCCGAGCGAUCUUCUCCUGUAUGCUGUCACAGACUCAAGAAUGAACAAAAAGUGGGGUCGUUCCAUGAGUGAUGCUGUGAAAGCUGCCAUAGAAGGAGGUGCCACUAUAAUUCAGCUGAGAGAAAAAGAUUCGGACACUGGAGACUUUCUCAAAGCAGCCAAAACAUGUGUGGAAAUAUGCCGGCCCCACGGUAUACCUCUACUGAUAAACGACAGAAUCGACGUUGCCCUUGCUUGCGAUGCCGAUGGAGUUCAUAUUGGGCAGUCCGACAUGCCUGCCCAGACUGCCCGGGCUAUAUUGGGGCCCGAGAAAAUCAUCGGUGUAUCUUGCAAGACACCCGAGCAAGCUGAGAAAGCAUGGAUUGGUGGUGCCGACUACAUUGGCUGUGGCGGUGUUUAUCCGACAAAUACGAAAGAGAACAACGUCACCGUGGGAUUGGAAGGGCUGAGAAGAGUGUGUUUGGAGUCAAAGUUGCCUGUGGUUGCUAUUGGAGGGAUUGGCAGUUCGAAUGUGAAACAUGUGAUGGAAUUAGGCGUACCGAAUCUUAGAGGAGUUGCGGUCGUUUCUGCUCUUUUUGAUAGGGAGUCUGUUUCCGGUGAGACGCGAAAUCUGAUGACACUGAUUAAGGAUUCGACCAAGGUGUUGAAAUGAGAGUGUGUUCUGUUCUGAAUAUGAGGUUUGUGUGUAAUUGAUGUAUCCAAUUGAAUACACAAUGAAGAAUAAUCUAUUUGUGAACUAGUUGUUUGAAGGUUUUGUAGAUUCUACACUUUGUCAGAUUUACUGUUUAGUUUUACACCGUUGAUCUAUACAUAGUCACACACACACACACAUGGAUGUGUGUAUAAAUGCGUAGUUGACGAAUAGAUGUUUAUGGUGAGUUGCACUUGGUGAAGUUCAUCAGAGUGUAGAUUUGAAUGAACUAUUUUUUGAGGAUUGAAAUUUCUUA